UUACAUCUUCUUCCGGAGCGGCAUUGGUCGACCCGCACUGGAGACUGAUUUCCCUCCACAUUUGACAAGCCAAACAUUUACUUCUGUCUAUUUCAAACGUGCGUGUGUGAGACGUCUGUCUCUGCCCGCUCUGAGCUCUCCCUGAUGGGCAGCUGGUCCCGCAGUGCCGUGCUGCAGCUGUACCGAGCAUUGCUCCGUGCAGGCCAACACCUACAGUACACAGACCGUGACUACUACCGGCGCGCAGUGACCCGAGAGUUCCGGCGCUGUCAGACCCUCAGCGCCCCAGCAGAGAGGGAGGACGCGCUGAAGAAAGGCCAGUUCUUCCUCAACAGCGGGUUGGGCAGGUUGGUGUAGAGGAAGUGGUCCAUCGGCACCAGUCUGACCGCUAGCCGGGAGGUAAAAGAUCGAUGGCAGGAGUGAACGGGGACCGUAAGGGAAAGAAAGAUGACAAUGGGCUUGGCACAGCCAUCGACUUUGUGCUCUCUAAUGCAAAGCUGGUGCUGGGGGUCGGGGGAGCAGCCAUGCUCGGGAUCGCCACACUGGCGGUCAAAAGAAUGUACGAUCGAGCACUCAGUGCCCCAUCCAGUCCCACUAAAGCCGACCCGUCGGGACGAAGAAGCUGGGAGGAGCCGAGCUGGCUGGGGUCAUCACCACGGACACUGAACCGCGACAUGAAACAGAACAUCAGCCGCUCUCUACAGACGCUCCCCACCUCCUCCAGCUCCUUCAAGCCAGGCUUGUACAUGUUGGAGUGUCUGCUCUACUUGCUCAAUUGUUUACAUCGUGUUAUGGGCCGUGGUGGUGGCCGUCCUGGUAAGGCUGAACUCCAGAAGGCACGGAUGCGCCUCUCGCUGCAGGAACACCUCUGGGCCUUCUUUCAAGAGCGAGUGGCGAUCCCUUCAGAAGAGCAGGCCGUCGCUCGGCGUGCUGCGUUGGAUAUCUGUGCAGAGCUCAGAGUCUUUCUCCAUGCUAAACUGCCUGAUAUGCCCCUACGAGAAAUGUACCUGAGCGGAAGUCUAUACGAUGACCUUCAGGUGGUAACUGCUGACCACGCCCAGCUGAUGGUACCCAUGAUCCUUGAGAAGAAUCUCUGGUCAUCCAUUCCUGGUGAGGACACCAUCAUGAACCUUCCUGGCUUCUGGCUGGUUCGUCGGGAAAACCUUGAGUACUUCCCACGAGGAAGCAGCUACUGGGACCGUUGCAUGGUGGGUGGCUACCUUUCCCCAAAGAGCGUCCUAGAAGUUUUCGAGAAGCUCGUCGCCGGCUCCAUCAACUGGCCCGCCAUCGGUAGUGUUUUAGAUUACAUCAUCCGACCCGUGGUCCCGUCGGAAACGCUUACGCUAGAAGUGCAGUACGAAACGGACCGUCGCCUUUAUGUGGACUUCCUCCCAUUGCUUGUUAUGGAGGACGGCGUCUCGCUGAUCGCCAAACCGCAUCGAUUGGCCGCCGAACGGCAUGAGAACCUGUGGCGGCAGAGUUUUCGUGUGGCGGAAACGGCGAAGUUACGUGCGCUCGAUCAGGAAGACGCCGGGUGCCGUUGCGCGUGUCUUAAAAUCAUUAAAGCCGUGUGUAAACUGAAUCCAGCGCUGGCACGAUUAAACGCAAGCCAGCUCACUAAUGCAAUCCUUCUCCUGAGCGAACAGGAGGGCGAUUGGACUCAGGAAGCGCUCGCCGAUCGUUUCAUGCAGCUGCUUCGUGCAUUAGUGGGACACCUAGAGGCUGGGAGGUUACCCUGCAUCUUCAGUCUCAAAGUCAAUCUGUUCUGUGAGCUAACACCACAGGAAAUAGAUGAACUGGGAUACACACUAUACUGUGCAUUGUCUGACCCAGAGAGCCUUUUGAGAACUGUUUAGAAAACACGCAUGCACAUAUGCCCACCACUUUUUGGUCCCCGCACAGAAUUGAGUUGGCAAUAAUGGCAAUGUUUUCAUACGUGUCUUGUUCGGAGUAGAUCAGGAACCUCAGUUGUUUUUGUCAGUCGUACCAUCAUAAGUUAUUUUCAGGUUCUACAACCUCAUCCGUUGGUCAUAUUUUAUAUGGCCGUCUUAUAUAAUUUCAGUGUUUUUGACUUUUCUAAUGCACAGUGAAGUAUCAUAACGAUUAUAUAUUUAUCUAGUGAAGAAUCAGAUUGAUUCGGUGAUAUUUUCUUAUAGAUUCAAGCACCGUCAUCACUUAUGUGUUUCUGUUGUUACCCAAACGGCGAUGAGUAUCUGGUGGUAAUUUGACAUGUUACAUUUGAUCUGUGAAAUUCAUGAUUUUAUGUUUCCCAGUUAUUCGUUACGUGGAACAUUGUUCAGUAUUUUCUCCGAUUUUGUUCUUGGAUUCGUCAAAAUACUUUCCUUUAGAAAAAUAUAUGACACAGAGAGCCGUUUUAGAUUAAUCAGAUGGCAGGGUCUCUGAAUUAUCUUUCAGUUACUAAAUUUCCUGUGAUCUUUUCAGAAAUGCUUGCAACUCUGUGUGAUUGUAUAAUUUAAUUAUUUUUAGUAAACCAACUUUCUGAAAUAUUAAAU